AUGGAACCGUUUGAAUACAAUGCGAGCCCAGCCCGAGUCAUCUUCGGAACUGGCACUAUAAAAAAUAUACCAGAUGAAAUUAUACGGCUGGGUGUAACAGCCCCGCUACUUCUAUCUACUCCGCGACAAGCAAAGCUCGUGGAUGACGUGAAGAACAUGCUGCAAGGGAAAGUAGCUGGAGCCUUCAACGACGCGGUGAUGCAUAUUCCAACGCAUAUUACGGAGAAGGCACUGGCGUAUGCACAGGAACAAGAUGCGGAUAGCAUCAUAUCCAUAGGCGGCGGAAGCGUCAUCGGGCUAGGGAAAGCUAUCAGUUUCCGGACAGGGCUUCCACACAUAUGUAUUCCAACUACGUAUUCUGGCAGCGAGAUGACGCCGAUACUUGGGGAAACGGUUAACGGGGUAAAGAAUACUAAAACUGACCCAAAGAUCCUGCCUGGAACGGUGAUAUAUGAUGUCGACUUGACGAUGUCGUUACCCGCCAGUCUAAGUGCUACGAGUGGAGUUAAUGCAAUUGCUCACGCAGUGGAAGCAUUAUAUGCCCGGAAUGGAAAUCCAAUCGUGAAGCUCCUAGCUCGAGAAGGCAUCAAAAGCCUUUCCACCGCGUUGCCAGAGAUCGUAGCAAAUCCGCAUUCCGAAGCUGCGCGAUCUGCUGCUCUCUAUGGCGCUUGGCUGUGCGGAUUGUGCCUAGGGAGUGUUGGUAUGGCCCUGCACCACAAACUGUGCCAUGCAUUGGGCGGCAGCUUCAACCUGCCACACGCAGAAACACAUACGGCUGUGCUUCCUCACGCCAUUGCUUACAACUCUCCAAACAUCCCCGACACAAUGGCGACUUUGGCAGAGGUGCUUCCGGGCAGUGAAGGCGACGCAAUUCGCGGCCUAAAUGUUCUUUUGGCGAAACUACAGGUGAAACGAGGGGCGAAGGAGUUUGGAAUGAAGGAAGAGGACAUCGACCAGGCCGCCGAGAUAGCAGUGAGGAAUGCCUACUGGAAUCCCCGUGAAGUUCAGAAGAAGCCCAUUAGGGAGCUUAUUAGACGGGAACAAGGGAAUGCAAAGAAUAAAUAUAUCAAAGAAGGGAAAUUGGCGGCAGCAGGGGAAAUGGCAGAAGAUUUGAAGGCUGCGCCGGUCCUUUCGACUCCAGACUCUCGGAUCCUAGAUGAAACAGAGCCUACAGCGAACAAUCGAUCCAUAGGCCAGAACUUAUCCGACGAGGAAUUUCGCAUCACAUAUGAUAUUGAACGGACGAUCAGGGAGAUCAAACAAGGAAAAUGGCAAAGGAUUGCCCUUCAAUUUCCCGAUGAUAUGCUACCUGAUGCCCCACGGGUUUUCCAGCUCUUGAGUCGCGGCCUCAAUCCUCAAACGGCGGGGAAUAAUAGUGGGACAACGAAGCACACGACCAACGGCCAUGAUGGAGACGACAAGGGCGUGGAAGAGGUGGUCGAUUCUAUCAAUAAGGAGCUGAAUUUGGACGAGAAAGCUGAUUGUCCGGCUCCCAAACUAUAUAUUCUUGCUGAUACCUCCUACGGAACCUGCUGUGUGGAUGAAGUUGCUGCAGAGCAUGUUGAUGCUGACGUUGUCGUACAUUAUGGGAGAUCAUGUCUAUCACCAACCGCAAGAUUACCAGUGGUCUAUAUCUUUACAUGUAGACCGCUCGAUCAUGAUGCUGUUGUCCGGGCAUUCGAGGAAUCAUACCCAAACCGCGAGGAACGCAUCACAAUUGUUGCAGACGUCACCUAUGCUGCCCAUGUUGACGCAAUAGCAUCCAUCCUCACAAAGAGAAAGGGCUAUACAAACGUUUUUGCGACACAAGUAGUGCAUAAUCCCUCGUCGCCAAUUCCCAACCGGACCAUCCCACCAUCGGUCGAAAGCGAUAACGAAUCAUUACAUGAAUGGCAGCUCUUCCAUAUUUCGGAUCCCCCAACCUCACUGCUUUUGACUCUAUCUUCCCGUGUGGCCGCAAUCCGGAUAUUCCCCACUGAUCAGGGAACCAGUAGUGGUCCUGCUUCUGGAAGCAAAGCCCUUCUAACAUCAACGACAACUUCCCUUCGCCGUCGUUAUGCGAUUUUAACGCGUCUCAACACCGAACCGAUAUUUGGAAUCCUCGUGAAUACCCUCAGCGUGAAGAACUACCUCCACAUAGUCCAGCAUGUGCAAAAACUCAUCGCUGCGGCUGGAAAAAAGAGCUACCUGUUUGUAGUCGGAAAAUUGAACGUGGCCAAAAUAGCAAAUUUCAGCGAGAUUGGAGGAUGGGUCAUUAUCGGAUGCUGGGAAAGUUCACUUGUAGACAGCAGAGACUUUUGGAGGCCGGUCAUCACGCCAUAUGAGCUUGAACUUGCCUUACAAAGUGACAAUGAGAGAGUAUGGACUGGAGCUUGGAGCAGCGAUUACCAGUCGCUUCUUAACUCUGAGAUAUCUGCAUCUACGACGAAUGCGGACAUUGAAACCGAAACUGCUGCGGCUGAUCAAGGUGAAGGCGAAGGUGAAGAUGAAGCUUUCUCUGAGCCGGAGUCAGCACCUCCCGAUUUCGAUCUACGAACGGGUCGAUAUGUUUCAACAUCGAAUACGCGACCCAUGCAGGCUUUGCCACAUGCUGCAGAUUCCGGCCCGUCAAACGAACAGGUUGCCAGCGGUUCGAAGUCGCUAGCCAAACGGUUCAACACAGACGUUGCCACGAUCGGCGGCGUCGUCUCCCCUGGUGCCGAGUUUCUCAAAUCCAAUAGGUCGUGGAAGGGUCUAGGCAGUGAUUUCGUCGUUGAAUACGAGGAGGACUCUAGCCAGGACGGUGGCCCUAAGGGAAGCGCGGUCGUCGAAGGGCUUGCCGGCAUCGCCCGAGGAUAUAGAAUCGGCGAUAACCAGGAACGACGAUAG